UUCUAAUUUCUCUCAUUUCCAUUUCAAUUUCCUACUCCCUCUCCCUCUAAAUUCCUUUCUUUCUCUGCGAUCUCUCUUUCUCUCUCUAAAUUGUUUUAACUUGGGAGCAGUGCUCGCUGAUCGGAGCAAAGCUUAGAGAUUGAUCACCAUAAAUUGCAUCUUCAACCUCGAGGUCAAUGAAGGUCUAUACUUCCUAAAACAAGACUUCUUCUGGGCAUUUGUUUGACUGAUGCAGUACCUGUUAAGGAUUGGCAUCAUUGACUUGUCCAUGUACAAACACAAACUUAUGGAAUGAUUAUUAUGGUCCAAGGGGAACUUAGUGCUGCCAAUUUUGUAAGCUGUAAUUAGUGGGUUGUUGGAUAAUAUCCACUCAGCUAACCACACUUUUUGGAUGAAUGGAAUAAGCUUGUUGCUGCACGCUAAGGACACUCAUUGUCAGUGCCUUUUUCUUGGGUCCAUUAUGGGGUCAUAAUUUAAACUAGUGCAUUAGUGGGACAUACAAUUGCUCUAAGAACAGCCGGAGCUGAUACAAUUUGGUGGCUGGAGGUUGGGUUCUAGAGUGAGCGUAUGCCUGGAAACCAGUACAACGGUAACUCAACCCCUUACCCAAGUCGUACGCAACGGCUCUUGAGAGAAAGAGAGCUAAAGAGAAGCAGCAGGGCUUCCCAUUCAAAUGAGGUGACUGAUAAUAAUGGGGGGAUUGAACCAUGUGAACAUGGUUUGCGUUUGAGAGCAGGUGACAACUCAAACAAUUCGUAUAUUGAGAAAUACCUUGAAGGGGCUAUUGCAGCUACAAGGACACUUGCUGAGGGAUGUGAAAAGGAGGAUGGCAGGCCUUUAAGGCAACGGCUGCUGGUGGUGGCUAACAGGCUUCCUGUCUCUGCAGUUAGAAGGGGCGAAGAUUCAUGGUCUUUGGAGAUAAGUGCUGGAGGCCUAGUUAGUGCUCUUCUAGGUGUGAAGGAGUUUGAGGCAAGAUGGAUUGGUUGGGCUGGUGUAAAUGUGCCAGAUGAGAUUGGCCAGAAGGCACUUACUAGAGCUUUGGCUGAAAAGAGGUGCAUACCAGUAUUCCUUGAUGAAGAGAUUGUUCAUCAAUAUUAUAAUGGCUACUGCAACAAUAUAUUAUGGCCUGUUUUUCAUUAUCUUGGACUUCCGCAAGAAGAUCGCCUUGCCACAACCAGAAGUUUUCAGUCUCAAUUUGCUGCAUAUAAGAAGGCUAAUCAAAUGUUUGCUGAUGUGGUGAAUAAGCACUAUGAAGAGGGAGAUGUUGUUUGGUGCCAUGAUUACCAUCUAAUGUUCCUUCCAAAAUGCUUGAAAGAAUACUCCAGUAACAUGAAAGUUGGUUGGUUUCUCCACACACCCUUUCCUUCUUCUGAAAUCCAUAGGACACUGCCAUCUCGAUCAGAGCUACUGCGCUCAGUUCUUGCUGCUGAUUUAGUCGGAUUUCAUACCUAUGACUAUGCAAGGCAUUUUGUUAGUGCUUGUACUCGUAUUCUUGGACUAGAGGGUACACCUGAAGGAGUCGAGGAUCAGGGGAGGCUGACUCGAGUUGCUGCUUUCCCUAUUGGGAUAGACUCUGAUCGUUUCAUAAGAGCACUAGAGGUCCCUCAAGUCCAGGAUCAUAUCAAGGAAUUAGAAGAGAGAUUUUCUGGCCGAAAGGUAAUGUUAGGUGUUGAUCGACUUGAUAUGAUUAAAGGAAUUCCACAGAAGAUACUUGCAUUUGAAAAAUUUCUGGAGGAAAACUCUCAUUGGCGUGAUAAAGUUGUUUUGCUGCAAAUUGCGGUGCCAACACGUACUGAUGUUCCUGAGUAUCAAAAACUUACAAGCCAAGUUCAUGAAAUUGUUGGGCGCAUUAAUGGUAGAUUUGGAACGUUGACUGCUGUUCCAAUACAUCAUUUGGAUCGCUCUCUCGACUUCCCCGCUUUAUGUGCAUUGUAUGCUGUUACUGAUGUUGCACUUGUAACUUCUUUGAGGGAUGGAAUGAAUCUUGUCAGUUAUGAAUUUGUGGCAUGCCAAGAUUCAAAGAAAGGCGUACUCAUUCUUAGUGAGUUUGCAGGAGCAGCACAAUCUCUGGGUGCUGGAGCAAUCCUUGUCAACCCUUGGAAUAUCACUGAAGUUGCUGAUUCAAUACGCCAAGCUUUGACUAUGUCAUGUGAGGAGAGAGAGAAGCGACAUCGGCAUAAUUUUGCACAUGUGACAACCCACACUGCUCAAGAAUGGGCUGAAACUUUUGUGAGUGAACUAAAUGAUACCGUUAUUGAGGCUCAGCUAAGGACCAGGCAAGUUCCACCUAUUCUUCCAGAGGACGAUGCAAUUAAACGUUAUUUGCAGUCUAAUAAUCGAUUACUCAUCCUGGGAUUCAACGCAACAUUGACUGAACCAGUAGACACUCUGGGAAGAAGAGGUGAUCAGAUUAAAGAAAUGGAACUUAAGUUGCACCCUGAGCUAAAAGAAACAUUAGUAGCACUGUGCAGUGAUCCAAAGACAACCAUUGUUGUUCUAAGUGGGAGUGACAGAAAUGUCUUAGAUGAGAACUUUGGUGAGUUUGACAUGUGGUUGGCAGCAGAACAUGGAAUGUUUUUACGUCUUACCACGGGAGAGUGGAUGACAACAAUGCCAGAACACUUAAACAUGGAAUGGGUUGACAGUGUGAAGCAUGUUUUUGAGUACUUCACAGAACGGACACCUAGAUCACAUUUUGAACUUCGUGAAACAUCACUCGUAUGGAACUACAAGUAUGCAGAUGUUGAAUUUGGAAGACUUCAAGCUAGGGAUAUGUUGCAGCAUCUCUGGACAGGCCCAAUUUCUAAUGCAUCUGUUGAUGUCGUCCAAGGUAGCCGAUCAGUUGAGGUUAGAGCAGUUGGUGUUACAAAGGGUGCUGCUAUCGAUCGAAUAUUGGGAGAGAUUGUUCACAGCAAAUCCAUGACAACACCAAUUGAUUAUGUCCUGUGUAUUGGGCAUUUUCUGGGAAAGGAUGAAGAUGUGUACACCUUCUUUGAGCCGGUGCUACCUUCUGAUGGCAUAGGUAUUGCAAGAACCAAGCAAACUGAUGGCUUAAAGUCACCAGCAGAAAGGCGACCUUCUUUGAAGCUUCCAGCUAAAAUUGGGUCCAAAUCAUCCCAAGGUAAGACACGAACUUCACCAAAUCUUGACAAGAGAACUACCAACAACAGCUGUGGAAGUGCCAAUCUUGACAAGAAAGCUACCAACAACAGCUGUGGGAGUGCCCGGAGGCAGUCACCAGAAAAGAUUUCAUGGAACGUUCUUGAUCUCAAGGGAGAUAACUAUUUCUCCUGUUCUGUUGGACGAACUCGAACAAAUGCUCGCUAUCUACUACAAUCGACAGAUGACGUUGUCUCCUUUCUAAAGAAACUAGCCAGUGCAUCUUCUUGAGACUAAUAAUGCAAGUUAAAAGAUUUUUAUCUCCAGUGUCCUGUGAUGCAUCCUCUCAUUAAGAAACUGAAAGUUUCAAGAAUCGGGGUCUGUAUUUGGAAAGCAUAUCAAGCAACAGAAAGAGUGCUUUUUAGAUGUGAAUGAUGUAGAAUCAAUGAUUAUUUUAUGCCUACCUUAACAGGAACCUUGGUUUAACUUACCUGAAAGCAUGAAAUUUAGACAUUAGAAAUUGAAAGAGAGAGAACAGGAUAAUGUUAGUAAUAUGCCCUAGAGUAUAUCAACAAAUUGUAUCUUAUAAAUAUUUAUUUUUCUUUUAA